AUGAUGUGGUUCCUGGAGAAGAUCAGAGCGUCGCAUGAAAACGGGACUGUUCCCAGCUCCUCUUUCCUGGGACUGCCGCCCGGCCAAAGCCUGCCGGAAAAAGCGCGGCUGGGGGCUGCCGCCUUUCCCAACGUGCUCACCCCGGACAGGAUCCCCGAGUUCUGCAUUCCCCCCAGGCUGAGCAGUGCCGUGGCUAUUAAGGGCUCUGGCUCCUACCAGGACCGCGAUGUGGGGGACGCCGAUCUUGCUUCCUCCGGCUGCAGCCCCAGCCCGUCUCUGCCGCACCUUAUCCAGGUGGAAAGCGCUGAAGAGAUCCCAGCCCUGGAGGAGGAAAGCACCAACUUGGACCCGCAGUCCCAAGCGGCGCUCUCGCUGCCUCACUUUCCCCGCGCGCCCACGUCCUACGGCUUCUGCACGCUGCUGGAGAGCCCCCACACGCGCAGGAAGGAGUCCAUCUUCCACGGCGACGCGCGCGGCGCCCUGACCGGACUGACGCUGCCAACCCCGUCCAGCGGCAAAGGCAGCGUGUCCAAACCCAUCGCCAUCAGCUUCGCUUCCGUGAGGCUGCCCCCCAACCACCUGCCUCUGCACAGGCAAGGCGCCUGCGACAGCGAUACUGCCUCCUCCAGCGACUCCUCUCCUUUCAGCUCCCCACUGCUCAAUAGGUCCCCUCCCCGCUGCUGCUCCCUGAUGAAAACGUGGAGCCAGGAGGGACUGCUGUGCCGGGCACUGAGAGCCAAGCACAAGGGCAGCAUGGUCAGGAACAACUCGCUGUCUACGGAGGAGAGCAGCUCCACGGACACGAGCCCCAGGGCCAUCAGACGGGCUUCGGAGGGGCUGCUGGCUGCACGCAGCUUCAGCAUCUCCUGCUCUCCCAUCUUCCCCCUGGACCUGUCCCACAGCCGAGAGAGACUCGUGGGGGAGAGCGUGGUGCUGCUGGGCCGGGGCGGGCGGCUCAGGCUCUCCGCCGAGUACUGCUCCGAAAACAAGCGGCUGCGCGUCCGCCUCAUCAGCGCAGAGGGUUUGUACGACGACUCUGUAGAGCCCAAAAACAUCAACUGCUGUGUCGCCUUCUCCCUGGUGCCAGGGAAAAUGCAGAAGCAGAGAAGCACUGUUAUAAAGAGAAGCAGAAAUCCCAUCUUUAAUGAGGACUUCUUUUUUGAUGGCAUUGCAGAGGGAGAACUGAGCAGCCUCUCUGUGAGGAUGAAGGCAACGAAUAAAGGGUGCAAUAUGAAAAGAGAUUACACCUUAGGGGAACAGGAGUUGUCUCUAACGAGUAUAUUGUCCAUGUAAUGCUUCA